UUUGACAGAUUGUGAAACUACAACCAAAACAAACCACUGAUCGUGAAAACUUUGAAGAAAACAGUUUAUUUUAUUUCAUAAAACUUAAUAAAAGCCAAAAAAGUCAAGUAAUUUUCAAAAGAAGAUCAAAGCCUUUAAUUUGUGUCUCCUGUGUGCAAUGGAAAUUUCACCUGUCAGUGCUUUCAGUGCUUGAUUCAUCGUCAAAAGCAGAAAACCAUUCCUCGCCCACAAUCAGCUGCUGUCUUUGUUAUUCUUCUGGUGCCGGUCUACGCCUUACCAGCAGCACAAAUGGCCAACGAUCGGGAAAUCCUGCGUGAAAUUUGGGAAGGCAAAAUCCCGGUUCAGUUCCAGCUGGCGUCCGAUGAAACCGAUGUCGAUCCGGAGCAGUUCUUUCUGCUGAUUCCACGCCUGAGCUAUUUUCCACUGGUUUCUGACAAAGUGCGGAAGCACUUUCUGCGAUUUGUAUCCAAUGAACUGCAGGAUGGGGAAAUGUGGAUGGACAGCAAUGGAACUCCCCUGAAGUGGCACUAUCCGAUCGGGGUGCUGUUCGAUCUGCUGGUGGGCGGAGAUGCGAUCCUGCCGUGGCCCAUCACGGUGCACUUUUCCAAGUUUCCCGAGGACGUGCUGUUUCGGUGCCCCAAUAAGGACAUUGUUGAGGCCCACUUCAUGUCCGGGCUGAAGGAAGCAGAUGUGCUGAAGCAUCGAGGACAGGUGGUUUCAGCCAUGCAGAAAAAAGACCACAAUCAGCUUUGGUUGGGAUUAGUUAAUGACAAGUUUGACCAAUUCUGGGCCGUCAAUCGGCGACUAAUGGAGCCCAUUCCGGAUCAGGACGGUUUCAAACACAUUCCAGUUCGAUGUUAUGCCGAGGACGGAUCCUACCAGCAGAAACUAGUCGCACCGAGCACGGAGACAGGUCAGAAACGCACUCUCCAGGACUUGUUGGAGGACUUUUCGACACCUGUCCGGAAAGCAGUGGAAGCCCGAACGCAUGGAGUGACGAUUCCGAGCACGACUCCCCUGCAAUGGCUCUCGGAACACCUCAGCUAUCCGGACAACUUUCUACAUCUCUGUUUGAUCUACGGUUAGGUAUCUUUACAGCACUGCGUUCUCCUAAAAGGUAAGGCUUGAGAUGACGGUUCUCAAUCCAGGGAACUAAGUAUAUUUCCAAACAGCUUAUUAUGACUUUUUCUCCUGCUUGGAAAGCCAUUGACGUAGAAAUGAUAGUGAAACAAUUAAUCGCUUUGCAUUCGCAUAUUUGUAAGCAAAGAACUCAGUGGAAAGUAUGUAGUAUAUCUUCGUCUGAAUUGUAUCCUAGUCUUUAUAUGCUAAAUAUUUCAUUGUAAUUGCUUCCGGAGCACUGACCGUAUCUGAUGGGUCUCAAGACGAAAAGUGGAUAAAUAGUGACGACAAAUGAUUAAA